AUGCCUCUAAAACGGGAGGAUACAGAGCAGGCGCUGUUGGUGAUGGAGACGUGUCAGUCAGCAAGCGAUGAAGUGUUCAGGGUGAGAGCUGAGAGACUGCUGCAUGUAUUUCAGAGUGACCUGUUCCAGGCCCUGCUGGAUAUUCAAGAGUUUUAUGAACUCACAGUGUGUGAUAAUCAAACACCAGUACAGCCACCUACAACAGGCCUCCAGAAAUACCGGUAUCAAGAUGAAGAGUCCCCGCCCCCAGAGCACAGCCCUGCCCACAUAACAUCUGGAAAGAGUGGUGAGAUUUUGCACCUUAGUGACGCAAGCCACGCGCCUAUGGAUGGUACCCAUGGUUACCCACUGCAUACACAUAUAUCACCUACAAAGCCAGUCUUACUGCCCAGCAGCCACGCCCCAUACUACGCCACCUCCACGCUGAUGAAUGGAUUAAGUGGAGAAGUAGAGUAUGAAGAGAUCACGUUGGAAAGGGGGAACUCUGGUCUGGGCUUCAGUAUAGCAGGUGGUAUAGAUAAUCCUCAUGUAGGAGACGAUCCAAGCAUCUUCAUCACCAAAAUCAUACCAGGAGGAGCAGCUGCUCAGGAUGGACGACUGAGGGUGAAUGACAGUAUCCUGUUUGUUAAUGAUGCUGAUGUGCGUGAGGUGACUCACAGUGAGGCAGUGGAGGUGCUGAAGGAGGCAGGGCCAAUUGUUCGUCUCUACAUCCUCCGCAGGAAACACACCGAAAUUAAACUUAUCAAGGGCCCUAAAGGUCUGGGGUUCAGUAUAGCAGGUGGAGUGGGUAAUCAGCAUGUUCCUGGUGAUAACAGCAUCUAUGUGACUAAAAUCAUCGAAGGCGGAGCUGCACAUAAAGACGGACGGCUACAAAUCGGGGACAAAAUUCUUGCAGUGAAUAAUGUGUGUUUGGAGGAUGUGAUGCAUGAGGACGCUGUAGCAGCGCUGAAGAACACAGCAGAGGUUGUUUUUCUUCGCGUGAGCAAAGCUUCCAACCUGUACACUCAGGACACGUAUAAUCCUCCUGAUAUCACCAGCUCGUACUCUGCUCAUAUGGAUGAGAUGAGUCAUGGUUAUCUGUCAGAUUACCCACAAACCCUCACUCCCACAUCUCCUCGUCGCUACUCUCCAAUCCCCAAGGGCAUGAUGCUGGGAGAUGAGGACAUCCCCAGGGAGCCCAGGCGUGUGUUGAUUCAUCGUGGUUUGUCAGGUUUGGGCUUUAAUAUAGUUGGAGGUGAGGAUGGUGAGGGAAUCUUCAUCUCUUUCAUCUUAGCUGGAGGUCCUGCAGACCUGAGUGGAGAACUACGCAAAGGAGACCAGAUACUAAGUGUAAAUGGUGUGGAUUUAAGACAUGCGACUCAUGAACAGGCUGCAGCAGCACUGAAGAACGCUGGCCAAACUGUCACCAUCAUCGCCCAAUACAGACCUGAGGAAUAUAGUCGGUUUGAAGCUAAAAUCCAUGACCUGCGUGAGCAACUGAUGAACAGCAGUUUAGGUUCCUCAUCCCUGCGGACCAGUAAGAGGAGCUUUUACAUCAGAGCUCUGUUUGAUUACGAUAAGACGGCGGACGGUGGGUUCCUCACUCAGGCUGUGAGUUUCCGUUUCGGUGAUGUUCUUCACGUUCUGGACUGCAGUGAUGAGGAGUGGUGGCAGGCAAGACGUCUCUCUCCACAUGGGGACCUGGAGGAGACUGGGUACAUCCCCAGCAAACGCAGAGUUGAGAGGAAGGAGUGGUCACGCCUGAGGUCAAAAGGCCGAGAUGAUUACAUUCAGAGUUACGAGAUUGUUGUGCAGGUGGAGGUGCAUUACGCUCGUCCAAUCAUAAUCCUCGGGCCAUCAAAGGACCGUGUGAACGACGAUCUUCUCUCAGAAUUUCCCGACAAGUUUGGCUCCUGUGUGCCUCAUACAACGCGACCAAGGCGGGACUACGAGGCUGAUGGGCGAGACUAUCACUUUGUUUCCUCACGGGAACAGAUGGAGAAGGACAUCCAGAACCACCGGUUCAUCGAGGCAGGACAGUACAACAGCCACCUGUAUGGGACGAGUGUACAGAGUGUGCGGGAGGUAGCUGAACAGCAGGGAAAACACUGUAUUCUGGAUGUAUCUGCUAAUGCAGUGAGGAGACUGCAGGCAGCUCAGCUACACCCUAUUUCCAUCUUCAUCAGACCCACAUCACUACAAAACAUACUUGAUAUUAAUAAACGUCUGACUGAGGAACAGGCAAGAAGAGCUUUGGACAGAGCCAUCAAACUGGAACAGGACUUUAUCGAGUGCUUCACAGCAAUCGUGGAGGGUGAGAGCUUUGAGGAAAUUUACCAUCGCAUCAAAUCUGUGAUUGAAGAACAGUCAGGACCGUACAUCUGGAUACCAGCAAGAGAGAGACUGUAAAACACACACACACACACGCCAGAGAGAGAAAAAAUAGCUCAUCGUCAUUCCUACAGAGACUGACACAAAUAUAAACCUCCAUCAACUCUCUCUCUGUCCUGUCGUCCAAUCAAAGCUCAGAGUGAACAGAUACGGUCCUACUGUCACACACAC